AUUAAUUUAUCUCAACAGUAACAAGUUAGAAACUCAAAAUACAAAAGGUGACGUUUGUUCCGGAAGGUGAAGCUAACUUAGAUAUGUGUGACUGGAUGUCAAGCAAAAUGAGAACCUAGCACCUCAGUUCAAAUUCAUGUGAGGCGAAUUUAGGUUCCUAUUUAUACUUGAGGCCCAGGCUGGACCUGGUACUCAUGCAAUUCAUCUUGAUGACUCUGCUUUAAUCUUUACAAAGAUAAAAAUCUUAGUACUCAUGCUUAAUGGCUAUGUGCAUCCUUAGUUGGUGCAGAGACCGGAAAGUAAAAUUCUCCCCAUUUUGAUCAUGCUUUUAUUCCGACUGUUUGGUUCUAGAGGGAUGCUUUUAUUCCGACCAUUUCGCUCAGGAGGGAGCGGCGUGAAGCUCUCUUCUGUGUUGACAUCAGAUGACUUUAGGGCCAUGGUGAAGUCAGAAGAAGAGAAUAUCAUGAAGAUCGGAUGGGAGGACUAGCUAAGGGAGGUUCAAGUCUCUGUGUUGUUGAGGGAUUUGCUUGGUGUUCCGAGCUUCACAGCAGUGGUAUGAAAGUGGGGACGACAGCACAGGUGAAGUUCAGAGUCCUAUCUUUCAGGGUGAAAACCCAAGAUCUGGCUUUAACUGAUUGUGUCUAGCAAUGAACUUGUUGGAGGCAUUCUUUUGAGAGCGGAAACUAUCUUCAGGGUGAAAAUCUAAGAUCUUUGAUCGGCGAUGAUGAUGCUAGAGCAUUGUUCUCUUCUUGAAGGCUUCCCAUAUUUUUCUAUUCUAUAUAUUUUUUUACUGGGAAUAUUUAGAUUUAUUUAUUUCUUUACUAUAUUUAGUAUAAUUGUUAUAUGACACAUGUUUUUUUUAUGGGGAAACUACGUCCUCGAGUUGGAGAGUGUAUUUUUUUGCGAGGAAUCCACCUAUCUAUUAAUAAUCAUGAACAAUAGUACAAAUAGCCCAAAAAGUAAAAAAAAUACAAAUUGGUACUCGGACCACCUAGCGACGACUACAGACACUAGCACGAGUCGAAGACGCGCCGUUGUUCUCGCCCCUCCAUCGCCGAAGUCAGGCAAAACUUGUCAUAGUAGAGCUUGUUGUAGUAGACAAACGGGAAAUCGUCGUGUUAAGGUUCCAAAGGACCAGCGCACCAGAGCAGCAACCAUCGCCAGUGAUAACAACUGUAGAUCGAAAGAGACUGACAUAAAACCACAUAAACAAACAUGAAAACCAACUUUGAAUUAGUAAUGCUUGCGGGUGUUCGCUUCUCACCUUUACCUUCCUUCUAGGUUGGUUCUAGCUUCCUUACGGCUAUAGCCGAAAAUCCAAAAAUAUGAGUGAGGGUGAGGGGCUUGGGUGAAUGCAGGGAUGGAUUCCCCACAUCACAAGUCGGGAUGCGCUCCUAUUUAACUUGAUUUGCAGAUUUUCCUGGGGUCCAAAGAAACAUGAUUUAUACUUGAACUUCACCUCCAAGACCGCAAGACCACCAAAGGCAGAGUGAAGCAGCAGUAUCGCCGGUGAGGAGGACGGAACCCUAUAUGGGUUUUGUGUCCUUUUCUGCCACCUCUUGUUGUUUCCGCUGCACGUUAGAGAGUGGAUGUAUUGUUGUCUUGGUGGUGGGUGUAUUGUUGUUGUUUGGCAGGUAUUUUGUUUCUUAUUUCUUUUUCUUUGGGUUUUACGUUAUUGCAAAGGUUAGAUGUAAUUGUGAUAUUAAUAUAGUAUUCCCUUCAUCGAAAAAAGCAAAAUGAGAACAAAAAAAUUGCGAUUCCAUUUCAGCACCAGCGAGCCGCAGACUCUUUCGCGGCUUCGCCUAUCCCAUUUGAUGAGCCUGAACCCUCAGGCUGGUCGCGCCGCCGCACGCGUGGCAGAGCAUGGAGCCCCUUCCACCUUCGCCGGCCUGGCCGCCGCCACCUCCAGGAUCGCCUCCCACGGCCGCGCCGGGGACGCCGCCGCGGCGCGCGCCGUGUUCGACGCGAUGCCCCGCCGCGACGCCGUCGCCUGGAACGCCAUGCUCACCGCCUACGCCCGGGCCGGCCAGCCGCGCGCCGCCCUCACGCUCUUCGCCGGCAUGCGCGCCGCGCCGGACGCGUUCUCCCUCACCGCCGCGCUCUCCGCGGCCUCGGCGCUCCGCUGCCCCGCCGCCGGCGCGCAGCUCCACGCCCGCGUCCUCCGCCUCGGCCUCCGCGCGCUGCUCCCCGUCGGCAACGCGCUCGUCGCCAUGUACGCCAGGUGCGCCCGCGCGGACCACGCCGCGCGCGCCUUCCGGGAGAUGCCCGCGCGCAACGCGCUGUCCUGGUGCUCCCUCCUGAACGCCUACGUCGCCUCAGACCGCAUGAAGCUUGCACAGGAGCUGUUCGACGAAAUGCCUUCCGCAAACAAUAUCGCCUGGAAUACGCUGCUCAUGGGGUAUUCCCGCAGUGGCAGUGCUAAACAAUAUAUUCUUCAGUUCAAUGAGAUGCGUAUGUCAGGCCUCUGUUGCGACGAUGCAACACUCUGCAUUCUAAUUGAUGCUUGCACGGAGCUGCCCUGCCCAUCUACUGGCUUUGCAGUCCACAAGAUUGCGGUGCAGAGUGCCUGGAAUGCCGUCCCCGAGGUCAGUAACUCGCUUAUUUCCUUCUACAGCAAGUUCAGCUUGCUAGAUCAUGCCGUGAAGAUCUUCGAGUCUAUGGAGAGUAGGACCGUGGUGUCAUGGAAUUCGCUGAUUGACGCAUACACAAGGCUUGGCCACGUUGAGCAAGCAGCUGCUCUGUUUCGAAGUGCCCCGGAGACAAAUGUCAUCUCAUGGACUGCGAUGAUCGGAGGUUUUGCAAGGAAUGGCUGUGCAGAAGAGGCCCUUGAACUGUUUGUCAAAAUAUUGGCAGAAAAGGAUAUCCAUCCGGACGACUUCACUUUGGGAGCUGUGCUUCAUGCUUGCGCUACUGCAGCAUCUCUGACCAGUGGAAGGAUGAUCCAUGCCUGUGCAUUCCAGAGGGGUUUUCCGUCCUACUUGUACGUGGCCAACAGCUUGAUGGACAUGUAUGCCAAGUGCGGAGACGUGGAGGGUGCAAGCAAUAUAUUCAGUGAUGUCCUACAGAAGGACUUGGUCUCGUGGAACACCAUGUUGUUUGGGUUCGCGAUAAAUGGAUGGGCAAAUGAAGCACUGACAAUGUAUGAAACCAUGUUGUCCCAUGAUGUCUGCCCCGACGAAGUUACAUUUGCAGGCUUGCUCACCGCCUGCAGCCACUGUGGACUCCUAGAUCAAGGCAGAGCUUUCUUUGAGUCAAUGGUGUCUGUCCACCGACUGAAGCCAUCACCGGAGCAUUUAGCUUCUGUUCUGGACAUGUAUGCUAGAUCAGGGAACAUAAAAAAGGCCAUUGAGAUGCUGGACAAAUAUUCAGAUGCCGUCCAGCCACAUAUCAGUGACAUGCGCGAGGCUCUUCUUAGUGCCUACUCGUCGGGCAACCUCGAUGUCAGAAUCGGAAGGAGCAUGGGGAGCAGCAUGGUGUCGAUGGAACCUGCUAAGGAUGCUGGCUAUGUCAUGUUGUCUAACUUGUUGUGCGCAAUUGGGCAGUGGACGGAAGCGGAGCGGGUGAGAAGAACCAUGUCAGAGCAUGGUGUUAAGAAGUCUCCUGGCUGUAGCUGGAUCCAAGUGAUGGGUGCUAUUAAGGUGUUCGUAUCAGGUGGUCAAGAACUUAAUUCAAUAGAAUGCGAUAUCAUUCACCUGUUGGAUGACGAAAUGAGAAGUACUAUGCAUCGCUGCACUGUUGGUCAAGAUAUGGACAGAGAAGGAAAUCCAACCUGA